UGCCACGGUGGGUCCCGCCCCGCGAGGGGUGAGAACGGAAUCACAGAGCAGAAUCACGGAGCCAGAGAAUCAUAGAAGCAUGGAAUAGUGGAAUCAUUGAGGUUGGAAGAGAUCUUUAAUACCGUCCAGUCGAACCGUCAACCCAGCACCACCACAAUCACCCCUAAACCUCUAAACCACAUCAGCCAGAGCCACAUCCAGACGCCUCUUCCUCUUAAACAUCACCAGAGUGGAAAGCUAAAUAUGGCCCAGUACCUGCAGGGAUGCCUCACCUCCUCUACUUACACUCUGAGCCAUCCAGACACAGGUUACCUUUUGCCUGGGAACUAUACAGCCCCCUUCAUAUAUGUAGGUGUGUCAGGAGACCUUCCUAAGAUGACAGGUCAUUGGAGAGCACAUACAACAGAGAAAAUGGGACCAAGUUGACCUUCUCCAGCAACUUGAGCAGAUAUAAUGGCUACACCAAGUGGCAACCCUGUCCCAUCAGCACCGCCUUCUUAUGAGGAAGCUGUAGGAAUCAAUAUGAACUAUCCUCACCCCUAUCCCAUCCCUGGCCCUGGACAGAAGCCAGAUGGGAAGGGAAUGAACCCUCCCCAACACAUGGGACAGCCUCCACCAGCAAAUAACCCCAUUACUGUUCAGACGGUGUAUGUGCAGCAGCCAGUACUGUUUUAUGACCGCCCAGUUCAGAUGUGCUGCCCUUCCUGUAACCAGGUGAUAGUGACACGUCUCUCGUAUGACUCAGGAGCGUUGACCUGGCUGUCAUGUGGUGGUCUCUGCCUGCUGGGGUGUAUAUUAGGCUGCUGCUUAAUUCCCUUCUGCAUUGAUGCCCUAAAGGAUGUGGAUCACACCUGUCCGAAAUGCAGUGCUCUUGUCGGUUCUUACAAACGUUUAUAGGCAGUGUUUAAACAUUGAUUGAUGAAGUUGUUUAGCACCUCUACAAGCCCUCUCUGAAGCUUCAUGGAGACUUCCUGUUUUUUCUGUGAAUCCUGUCACUGGAAACCAAUAAAAAGUAAUGUUUAUUGCUAGAUGGUUUGAAUACGCAUUUACUUGAGAGGAAUCUCACUUAGGUCUGUGAAAAGCAUACCUAAUCUGUAUGGAUCAUUCAGUCCAGCACCAGUGGAGAGCAAUGGAGUGUUUCUCUUUUUGCUUUAUACAGAACAGGUUGGUGAUGUUCUUCAGUUCAUCUUGUCUCAGACAUGUUGCACAUUGUACUUGCAUUGAGUCUGUGAAGUCUCAGCACAGAACAAGAGGAGGAUGUGUAUGGAGGACUAUUUAAACUUGUGCUUCGGCAGCAGUGCUCUUUACAAACUUGCAGGGAGUUGCCUCAGAGACAGGUGCUUCUCUUUGAAAAAAGAAAUCGUUUGUUGUCAUCUUUUCAUGAGCACUAGAAUUCAUUUUAAAACUUUUAUAGUUGGAAGAGAACCAAACCUAGAGGCUUUUUACUUCAUGGAGGUUGCUUUUCCAAAUGGACCACUCAGGUUGUGCAAAAAUAGUGAUUGAAUCUAGUAUCUGAAUUUUCUUGCCAGUUUCAAGUCUAGUCAUAUCCCUAAUCU